AUGGAAAAAACGAAUGUGAAGAUCAUAUUCGGUUUUAUACUAUUUGUACAGGUACUUGGUGAAUGUGAUUGUGAAGUUCCUAGUAUAAUUGGAUUACCUAGUUACGUUACAGCGUCGGAAAAUAUCUCUAUUGGCAGCAUAUUGUUUACUUUUAAUGCAACUGUAGCAGUUCUUGAUGAAGAAAUUGUAAUUCAUACUUAUGGGCCAGAUACAGCUAACAUAGUGUUUGUUAACCAAACUCGAGGAAAUGAUAUAUUUGUGCAAGUAAUUACCAAGACUGAACUCGACAGAGAUGGUUACGGAAUUCCUGGAAAAAGCCGAGUUGAGCUUGAAUUUCAAGCUGUGGACUUGAGGGCAAAUAUGGAAUAA